AAAAACAAAAAAGAUGACCCAAAUAAAAUGGAACUCAUAAAGCGUGCAUUAUAUUGUGCCGGUGGCCUUCCUUUGGCUUUGGAAAUAAUAGGCUCAAACUUUGUGGAUAAAACAUUAGAUGAAGAAUGGGAUUCUGUGUUAAAAACAUAUGAGAGAUUUCCAAAUAGAGAUAUUCAGGAAAUUCUUAGAGUUAGCUAUGAUAGUUUGGAUACUAAUGAGAGAGAAAUAUUUCUUGACAUAGCUUGCUUCUUUAGUGGAUACACUCUAAGAGAUGUUACAAAUAUGCUUGAGGCAAGAGGCUUUCAACCAAAAUUCGGUAUUAGAGUGCUUCAAGAAAAAUCUCUGAUAAAUAUUGAUUCAUUUUCUAGAAAAUGUAAUGAUCAAAUUAUGAUAAUGCAUGACUUGGUUCGAUCUAUGGGAAAAGAAAUGGUUAGAGAACAAUCAAAUUUUCCAGAGAAAAGAAAUAGGUUGUGGUUUUGUGAGGACAUUGUUCGUGCUUUGGACAAAAACACGGAAAAUGAAAUUGAAGUCAUGAUGUUAGACAUGCCAAAAGAUCUAAAAGUUCAAUGGAAUCAAACGGUGUAUAGAAAAAUGAAAAAUCUACAAAUGAUGCUCGUAAAAAGUAGUGUUGCCUCUCUUAGAAUGCCUAAGGAUCUCCCAAACAGUUUGAGGGUGCUGGAAUGGUGGGGAUACCCUGGAGCUUCUUUACCAUCUAAUUUUCAUUUGAAGAAUCUUGUCAUACUCAACUUGUCAUACAGUUGCUUUCGAUGGGACAAACCACUUGAGAAUUCGAAGAUGUUGAGACAGUUGGUUCUUAAAGGUUGUAAGAACAUAAGACGAGUUCCAGACAUGUCUGGUUUUCCCAAUUUGACAGAAUUAUGUCUCGCUGAUUGCACAAAUUUGAUUAAAAUUCAUGAUUCAUUAGGAUUUUUACAUAAUCUUCGAUGGUUAUGUGCUGAAGGAUGUACCAAACUCGUGAUUUUCCCACGUCGCAUAAAGUUGACAUCUCUUGAACAUCUUUGCAUUAAGGAUUGCAGUAGUCUUGUUAUGUUGCCCGAAAUAUUGGCACCAAUGCAGAAACUAAAAUAUGUUGACUUGGACGGAACUUCCAUAAAAAAUCUGCCACGUUCAAUGCAGAAUCUUAAAGGCCUUCAAAUCUUAUCCAUGAAUAGAUGCAAAAUGCUUGAAAUUAAUGGGCGUUCCAAUGUCGUUCAAAUGCUGCCAAAAUUAUUUCCCUAUUUGAAAGAAUUAUGGUUAGAUGAAUCAAGUUUGACAAUCAUUCCUGCAUGCAUUGAAGAGUGUCACUCAUUGGAUUAUCUAAGUCUGUAUAACUGCAAGAAGCUUCGAGAAAUAAGAGGCCUUCCGCCAAACAUGACUAGACUCUCGGCAGAAAACAGUCUUGUGGAAGUAGAUUCAUCAACUUUAAACAUGUUAGUCAGACGGGCAAUUAAUUCUUCUGGAAUACGACUAUAUGCUUUGCCAGGUCAUCAGGUCCCAGAAUGGUUUGACCACUCUACCUACGGAAACUCUCUACGUUUCUGGUUUCGUAAUAAAUUGCCAUCUUUCACUGUGUGCGGUGGUGUUCUAGGAGUUUGUGAGAAUACCGAGCUUCGUUUUGUUUUGAAAUUAAUUUAUUUAGUUAGAAUCAAUGAUGUUCACGUGCGUGUUUCUUCUCCCGCUUCUGUGUAUAUAGACUGGCGGGAUGUUGAGAAUGACCAUGUAUUGAUGUUCAAUCUUGAAAGUUUUUUUAAGCAUCCAAUGGAUAACCACAGUAGAAGAACAAUUAACACAAAUGAGUGGAUUUAUGGGAGUAUUUCGUUUGUGAUAACACCGUCGGAAAAUGAUUCACUUAGAUUGGAAUUAAUCAAAUGUAUUGGAGUUCAUGUAAACCGGGCAUUUUGUAGAAUGGAGGAUGUUCGGUUCACAGAUCCUUAUCCUCCCAAUACCAAUAAUACAAGACAUGUGGGAAAUCAACUUUUGUUGCCUGGUGAGGAACCUGAUAUACAAGUAAAGAACCAAUCACUAGCAUUACUCAAGCCCUAUCAAAUUGGGGAACAACCUUUGAAUUAUGAGUCUAGCAAUUCAGAUUCACAGGUGUGCACUAUUCACUAUCCAAAUGGCCAAGGGUUGUGUUCAGGUUCUGAGAGAACUGAGAUUCUGGAAGUCUCAAUAGAUGAAGCAGCCAUCUCAUGUCAGAACAAGGAAGUGGUGAUGGUUGAAGCUUGUGAGGGUAACAAAAAAAAUGAUGCUAACAUGCAAGAUGGUCAUCAUAUGGCAGCAGGAGAAUUAGAUCAACUAGCAGAAGCAUAUGCUAAUCCCUCUGAGCAUCAACAUGGAGAAAUCAUGAAACAAGCUCCUCCAAUUUCACAAGAUGCAACACCAUUUCUGCCACAGUAUAUUGCUGAUUCUGAAACCAAAAGAAAAGCACCAACUUCUGAGAUAUCAAUAGAGAAAGUAGUCAAGAAAAUAAGGACAGAUCAGGAGAUGCUUUUCAAUAAUGUGGCCACUCUUCAAGAAAGACAGAACCAGUUCUUCCAUUGGUUCAACACAGAAGUCUUGCCCAUUUUUGCCCCAACAGCAAGACCCUUUCCUUCCACUGGUUCCACUAUUUCUUCUGGACAAUCUUCACAAUCUAAGAAGAUUGAGGAAAAAAAGGGAGAAAAUUAGAAGAUUAGAGGGGCACAAAAUUUGAUUUUCUCAUAGGAUAAAGUACUACUUUUUGUAUAUGAUGGUGAUUGUCUGUAUUGUUCUUCAUUUGAUUAAUGAAAUUCUAUGCACCAUUGAAUGCUUCCAUUGA